GGUGAGCCUGUUGGCUGUACUUUUUGAGGCAGACGCAGCUUCAGCUCCGGCAGCCUGUCCUGGUAGUGUUGUUAGGUGUGGAGACUUACAGAGAGCAGCAGCUAAAACCAUGAGACCGCUUUUACUUGGAGUGCUGGGCUGCUCCCUGGUCCUAUCUGUCCAAGCCUUGUAUUCUUCUAAUGAUGAUGUUAUUGAGCUGAACCCCUCCAACUUCAACAGGGAGGUGAUCCAAAGUGACAGUCUGUGGCUGGUGGAGUUCUACGCUCCAUGGUGUGGCCACUGUCAGAGCCUUGCACCAGAGUGGAAGAAAGCAGCCACUGCCCUCAAGGGUAUUGUCAAAAUCGGUGCAAUAGAUGCCGACCAGCACAAGUCAUUGGCUGGGCAGUACAGCAUCAGAGGUUUCCCUACUAUCAAGAUCUUUGGAGGAAACAAGAACAAGCCAGAAGAAUACCAAGGUGGACGCAGUAGCCAGGCCAUUGUAGAUGGAGCCAUGAAUGCUUUGCGUACUCUGGUAAAAGACCGGCUCAGCGGGAAGGCCGGUGGAUCCAGCUACAGCAAACAGAGUGGAAGUGGCGGAAGUGGCGGAAGCGGCGGCGGCAGCAAGAAGGAUGUGGUCGAGCUCACCGAUGACAACUUUGACAAGAUGGUGCUGGACAGUGAUGACGUGUGGUUGGUGGAGUUCUUCGCCCCGUGGUGUGGACACUGCAAGAACCUGGAGCCUGAGUGGGCGGCUGCUGCUACAGCUGUCAAAGAGCAAACCAAGGGCAAGGUACGCCUCGGAGCUGUGGACGCAACUGUGCACCAGGGUCUGUCCAGCCGCUACGGGAUCCGUGGAUUUCCCACUAUUAAGGUGUUCCGCAAAGGUGAGGAGCCGGAGGACUACCAAGGGGGGCGGUCCCGCGGUGACAUCAUCGAGAGGGCGUUGGAUCUGUUCUCUGACAACGCCCCUGCUCCUGAAGUGCUGGAGAUCCUUAAUGAAGACGUCUUAAAGAAGACCUGUGAGGACAGUCAGUUGUGUGUGAUCGCCGUACUGCCACACAUUCUGGACACAGGAGCGUCUGGUAGAAACAGUUAUCUGGAGGUGAUGAUGAACAUGGCUGAGAAGUACAAGAAGAAGAUGUGGGGAUGGCUGUGGACCGAGGCCGGAGCUCAGAUGGACCUGGAGGCGUCUCUGGGUAUCGGCGGAUUCGGUUACCCCGCCAUGGCCGCCAUCAACACGCGCAAGAUGAAGUUCGCUCUGCUCAGGGGCUCCUUCAGCGAGACGGGAAUCCACGAGUUUCUCAGGGAGCUGUCUGUGGGCCGCGGCUCCACCUCCACGCUGGGAAGUGGAACCAUGCCCAAGAUUCACUCUGUGGACGCAUGGGACGGCAAAGAUGGCCAGCUUCCUGUGGAGGAGGACUACGACCUCAGCGACGUAGACCUGGAUGUCGACUUUGACCGGGACGAGUUAUGAGCACAAACGGGACGGGAUCCGACACAGACCGGCUCGACGCAGGUCUGCUCCGGUCUGGUCCUGCACGACACGCCUCCCCUCUCCUGUGGACGAACGGGAAGGCCGGGUCGCGCAGUUACUGAAAUACUCCAGAAAAAAAAAAAGACACGCGACAGAGAGAGACCCCUGUAGUUUCUCACACCAUCUUCGUCAGUCACACAGGAUUGGGAGGGGGCGCGCGUCGUGUCCCUGAAGUGAACUCUGCCUCACUUACCUGCUGAAUGUUCAAAGCUGCGUAUUUAUACGAUCGCUGCCAGCUGAGGAGAGGAGGGAGGAGUUUCUAAAUGUGGCAUCUCAGUUGUUAAGUCUUUUUAAACAUUGUUACCUCUCCCUUUUUUCAUCCACCCUCAAGCACCUAUUUUAAGAUGUGGACUUGUCAAAGUAACACUUCAUCACCCAACCUGACGUGACUAAAAAUAUUUUUUCUCUUUUUAAAUCAGUGAAUUGAUGAUCUUUGUGGGUCGGGACCGUGUUUUGUCCAGGACGAGGGGAUAAUGUUGGGACUUCUUGUGUAGAUUUUUCUUACACGACUUUAUUUCAAUUGUGUGAAAACAAAAUGACAUUUUUGUUACAAAAAUAAAAAGAAUAAAAACAA